GUGUGUGUUUGUGUGUGCUGACUCAUCUAAAUGAGCAUAGGUCAUUCUUCUCCUUCACUUUUUCUACACAUCCUUUCUUCUUCCCUGUUGUCCACUGGUGUUAUUCCAAGUGCAAAGUUUGUUCAGUUGAAGACAAAAGUUGCAGCUUUCCAAAUGUUUAUGCCAAGGUUAGCUACGCGUGCGCGUGAGCGUGAGUCGCGCCCGAUCAUCCGUCCGCUAAUCGCUUUAUCUGCGACUGAACGCUUCUGCUUGGUCGGGGGAAAGUUUUUCUUUCUUCUGGUGGAUUUCAAGGUUGUCUUGGGGGUCGCGCAGUUGUGUUUCCAUGGCAAUGGCUUGGAUGUAGACGGCGUAACCCGGGGGCAAGUGAAUAUUACCUGACAGGUGAGUGAUGCAAUGGCUGCAAAUUGCAAUGCAAAAGACACUUUGUGCGUAUUGUGUGAGUGUAUUCGUAUGCGUGUGUGUUCCUGCGCGCCAGAAGGGAAGAGAGCACCCCAUGGCCCAGGUUACGCCGGUUGACGCAGCCGCCCCACUUCUGGACGAUAUGGAUGACCCCAGGUGUGCAGGAUGUCUCUUCAAUGUCAACAACAGCAACAACAAAGACAAGGAAGAGAAGAAGAAGAAAAAGAAGAAGAAGGAGAAGAAAGACAAGAAAAUGUAAGACAAAUGCAAGGAAGGGAGGAAGAAAGUGAAGGAGGAAGAAGGGGAGGAAAAGAAGAAAGCCAAGGAAGAGGAGAAGAAGGAGGCAGUUCCAAAAGAGAUCGCAGUGGUGGAUCCGGCGGGGAACACAUAUUACCACUGGCUCCUCAUCAUCACGCUUCCCGUCAUGUACAACUGGACCUUCAUUAUCGCAAGGGCGUGCUUUGAGGAGCUUCAAAUGGACUACCUGCGCUUCUGGUUCUUCUUGGACUUUCUCUGCGACUUGCUAUAUGUGGCCGACAUGGUCUUCAGAACCAGGACAGGCUACCUGGAGCAAGGUCUUCUGGUGAAGGACGAGCAGAAGCUGCGGCAGCGUUACAUGACGAGUUUACAGUUCCGACUGGAUUUGCUCUCCAUGGUCCCCACCGACGUUCUGUACGCCACAUUGGGCCUCAACUACCCCGAGAUCCGCCUCAACAAGCUGCUGAGGUUCAACAGGAUGCUGGAGUUCUUCCAGAGAACCGAGACCAGAACCAACUACCCCAACGCGUUGCGGAUCUCCAACUUGGUCAUGUACAUCGUCAUCAUCAUCCACUGGAACGCUUGCCUCUACUAUUCUUUCUCUAAAGCCAUUGGUUUUGGCUCGGACAGAUUCGUGUACCCUGACCCGACAAAUCCGGAGUUCGGGCGCCUGGUGAGGAAGUACGCCUAUAGUAUGUACUGGUCCACGCUGACGCUUACCACCAUUGGAGAGACUCCGCCCCCCGUGGAGAACUCUGAGUACUUCUUUGUGGUCACCGAUUUCCUGGUGGGCGUGCUGAUUUUUGCCACCAUCGUGGGUAACGUGGGCUCCAUGAUUACCAACAUGAACGCCGCCCGCGCCAGUUUUCAGGCUCGCAUCGAUGCCAUCAAGCAGUACAUGAGCUUUCGUAAGGUUACCAAGGACUUGGAGAAGCGCGUCAUAAAAUGGUUCGACUUCCUGUGGACCAACAAGAAGGCGGUGGACGAACGGGAAGUCCUCAAGUACCUUCCGGACAAGCUGAGAGCAGAGAUUGCCAUCAACGUGCACCUGGACACACUCAAGAAGGUGCGUAUCUUUGCCGACUGCGAGGCGGGCCUGCUGGUGGAGCUGGUGCUGAAGCUUCAGCCGCAGGUCUACAGUCCCGGAGACUACAUCUGCAAGAAGGGCGAUAUCGGGCGCGAGAUGUACAUCAUCAAAGAGGGCAAGCUCGCCGUGGUGGCCGAUGACGGCAUCACGCAGUUUGUUGUCCUCAGCGACGGCAGCUACUUUGGCGAGAUUAGCAUCUUGGCCAUCAAAGGCAGCAAAGCCGGAAACAGGCGAACAGCAAACAUCCGCAGCAUCGGUUACUCCGACCUCUUCUGCCUUUCCAAAGAUGACCUAAUGGAGGCGCUAACCGAGUACCCCGACGCUAAGGCCUUGUUAGAGGAGAAGGGGAGACAGAUUCUAUUGAAGGACGGCCUGCUGGACCUGGAGGUGGCGGCGCAGGGCCCCGACCCCAAAGAGAUGGAGGAGAAAGUUGAACGGAUGGCGAGCACGCUGGACAGCCUGCAGACACGAUACGCGCGACUGCUGGCCGAGCACGAGGCCACGCACAGCAAGCUCAAACAUCGAGUGAGCAAGCUGGAGAAGAAGCUGCCCUCCCAGGCAGGCGAUGUGCCAGCGCUGUCAGCCACUGAAUGACGAGCAGUACUAGAUAGCGCGACUGCACAUUAAGCAUAGCUGCACGCUAUUGAAACUGUCAUCAAAAUUGAAAUAUUAAUCACUGCCAGAAUAUUCGUACUGUUCUCAAACGUUUGUGCCGGGCAUCCAGGGAGAGAAUUUCUUCCGAAGGCCCCAUGUGUCGUGUAAAUCCCAUUCGAAUAAUUAUUAUUUUUGUUUGUUUCAACAUGAAAAUUCAUCACUUGUUUCAUUAUAACGGAAUUUUACCAAAUUGAACCAAACUCAACAAAUUUCCAUUGUCCCAAGCUGACGUGCAACACAAACACAAAAUCAACAUGACUGCGAAGUUAGUUGACAACUAGUUUGCUUCAUUCGGUAUAAAAUGCUUAGAAACUAACAACGUAGGUGGAAUCACGUAGACGCAUAUAAUGUUAACAGCAAAUGAUUUGAUUGCCCCGCGCCCUCCAAAUUAAAGUAAUGGCUAACGUGCCUCCGUUUGAUAACCGCGCGCUAAAGCACCAACGCUAAAUAGUCAAAAUAUGAUUUAAAGCAGAAACAUGCCAAUCACAUGUUUUGUCUUGGAAAGAUGUGGACAUCACGAAUGAAAUUAAACAAUAUUAAUAAAUA